AAUUUAUUGAAAUGAGUAGAAAAGUUGACUAUGCUCACUACUUGAGCUUCAGACUCUAACUCUAUACAUAGGAAAGCACACAAUGAUUGAUUGUUUGUGUUAGAGAAUCAGAAAAUUUACAACUUGUGAAAAUGGAUAGACCCCUUAUAGAUAUUAGUGAUAAUGAUGACAUAAAUGGAGGGAUUACAAGAAAAGAUAUUGUAGAGGAAGUGCAGAAGCAGUUAUGGCUGGCUGGACCACUCAUCUGUGUAAGCUUUCUGCAGUCAUGUUUACAGUUGAUAUCAGUUAUGUUUGUUGGUCAUCUUGGAGAGUUGGCUCUUUCUGGUGCUUCUAUGGCCACCUCCUUUGCAACUGUCACUGGUUUCAGCUUAUUGAUGGGAAUGUCAUGUGCACUGGACACAUUUUGCGGCCAGUCAUAUGGAGCAAAACAGUAUGAUAAGGUCGGGAUACAUAUGCAAAGAGCCAUGUUCAUUCUUUCGCUUGUGAGCAUCCCCCUCGCGGUCAUUUGGGCAAAUACUGGCAUCAUUCUGAAAGCUUUAGGUCAAGAUCCAGCAAUAUCAGAAGAAGCCGGACUAUAUGCUCAGUACAUGAUCCCUAGCCUUUUUGCAUACGGCCUUCUGCAAUGUCACGUUAGAUUCUUACAAACUCAAAACAUAGUCUUCCCAAUGAUGGUAAGCUCUGGAAUUACAACUCUGCUACAUGUUUUCGUUUGUUGGAUUCUGGUUUUCAAGUCUGGCCUAGGUAGUAGAGGAGCUGCUUUGGCCAAUUCCAUCUCUUAUUGGAUAAAUGUGGUGCUUUUGGCAAUUUAUGUGAAGUUCUCUUCUUCGUGUGCAAGAACUUGGACCGGGUUCUCAAAGGAAUCCCUUCAGAACAUCCCUAGUUUCAUUAGACUAGCGGUUCCUUCAGCUGUGAUGGUCUGCUUGGAAAUGUGGUCAUUUGAAAUGAUAGUAUUACUCUCUGGUCUUCUUCCUAAUCCACAGCUAGAGACUUCUGUACUCUCAAUAUGUCUCAAUACUACUACAAACUUUUGGAUGAUACCGUUCGGGCUCAGUGGCUCCGUGAGUACAAGGGUUGCAAAUGAAUUGGGUGCAGGUCAUCCACAAGCUGCACGUUUGGCGGUUUAUGUGGUCUUUGCCAUGGCUCUUACGGAGGGCAUCCUUCUAGGAAUGGUUAUCCUGCUAAUUCGUAAUAUCUGGGGAUAUGCCUACAGCAAUGAAGUAGAAGUGGUCCAAUAUGUAGCCAUCAUGAUGCCUAUUCUUGCAAUAUCAAACUUCUUUGAUGGCCUUAUGACUGUGCUUUCAGGUGUUGUUAGAGGAUGUGGCCGGCAAAAAAUUGGAGCAUAUAUAAAUCUUGGAUCAUAUUACAUAGUGGGCAUCCCCUGUGCUGUUUUGUUUGCCUUUGUUCUGCAUAUUGGAGGAAAGGGCCUCUGGGUGGGAAUCAUCUGUGGACUCAUUCUUCAAGGGUUCUUCUUUUUUGUUUUGGUUGCGCGAAUCAACUGGAACGAAGAAGCAAUGAAGGCCAAAGAUAGAGUAUGUGAUACGACUGUUGGUAUAAUCUCAUGAAGUAUUCCAGAUGACCAAGUGGCAUGCGAAGAAAGAAAAUACGAGGGUGUCGUUGCAGAAAAACAAGCUUCUUAGCAUAUAUUAGACGAAUAAGGGUGAUUAUAUAUGUUUUCUAGCUUCAAUAUGUUAAAGUUUUUCGAAAAGGGAUAGAGGGGCUCGUAAUGUGACGAGAGAAUUGCUACUCUGUAUGAUUAACAGAUUGCUACUUUGUUGAAACUGGGAAUAAGACUGGUCUCUCGAA